AUGAUUAACCAUAGGAUGUGUGGAGAAGCUGCAAAGAUGAGACAUUUAACCCGCAGGUUUAAAACGCAUGUGUAUGGACCAUGGCUGAGAUACGACACUGAACCGGCUGGUAAUGGCUUACCCGUGAAUCCGGACUACUUUGAGUUGUGUUAUGAGAUGGGUUUGGAGUACGAGGGGACUCUUACUUACGCUCAGUUCUUGGUAGAGGUCGAGGUAGAUGUUGUUUACGUGAGCGAGCAUGAGUGGGGCGGGAAGAAACUUGUUCGUUCCUUGUUAGUAAGUGAGUAUGAUUACUUUGAUAAGAUAUCGUCUCUGGCGAGGCUAACAGCGGAUGACAAGGCCAGCGUGGUCCAUGGACUCGUUGACCACGUAAUGAACGAGAGGGAGACUUGGUCGAAACAGAGAUGGGUUCUUCUCUUAUUCGUGUCGAGAAAAAAAUAAUGUGAAAGGGUAGAUAGAAGUUUAGAGAAGUCAGACGAUCUACUGAUGAAGACUAUUCGAGAUGCAAUCUUUGAGUUCGGUUUAACUCAGGUUCCUGAUUUUUAUGUUGAGAGUUUGGUGGGAUGGGUUAAAAGCUGCAACUACUUUCCACCUAUAGAUUCCAAAUUAAAGUUGCAUCCUAAUCACAAGUGUUUUACAGUGCUUGGCCCUGAUAUGGAUUUGUUUGGUACAUGCUGUAUAUGUCAAGGAGAUUUCUUCCUUGGAGGAGAAGCAACCGUUACGUCUCCUUGUUCUCAUGUUUUCCACACUCGCUGCAUUGAAGACUGGAUUCAAAUGUCUCAAAAGUGUCCACUUUGUCGUCUCCAGCUUAGUUGA